AUGCGGUUCACAGUCAUCAUCACGUCCUUCCUCUCUUUCGCCGGUCUGGUCUUUGCAUCGCCACUUACGAAACGUCAGUCCGCAGUGACCCAAGUCUACAAAUUCACCGGUUCGCCGCUCAAAGCCGAAGGCAUUGCCGUCCGGUCUAAUGGCCAAAUCCUUGUUUCUUUCUUUGAUAAGGGCGAAGCUUGGCUAAUUGAUCCACCGACGAAGAAAGCCACCAAAGUGGCGACCUUCACUGAUACGUCUUGUUCCGCAGCAAUUGCUGAAGUUGCACCCGAUGUAUUUGCUGUUGUAGCAGGGAAAUACAGCAACAGCAACACACCAGGAAGCUGGGGAGUAUGGAAGGUCGAUUUCAGUGUGGGUGGGGCGACGCCAACGACUACGCUGGUGAAGAAGGUUCCGGAGAGUGGCAUGUGGAAUGGUCUAUCGGCUUUCAACAAUGAUACAGUGUUGGUGGGAGAUGCGAGUAAGGGUGCGGUUUUCAAAGUGAACGUCAACACCGGGGGAGUACAGCAUUGCCAUUCAGGACAGUACUAUGGCGCCUAA